AUGCCAGCUGAGUACAUCCUCACCAAGGACGCCCCGGCGCCUCUUCCUAUCUACUCCCAAGCCGUCCGAGCUGGGAAUUAUGUUUACACCUCCGGAUCGGUCGGUAUGACGAAGGAGAUGAAGAUGGUCGAGGGCACUGUCCAGGACCGUACCCGUCAGGUCAUUCAGAAUCUCGAGGCCGUCCUCAAAGGCGCGGGCAUGACACUCGCCAACGUCGUCAAGGCCAACAUCUACCUCUCCAACCUCUCUCGCGACUUUGACGCUAUCAACGAGGUGUACAAGGAGAUGAUGCCCGACCCGAAGCCCGCGCGGACUUGCGUCGGUGUCGCCCAGCUCCCCGCUGGCGGAACCGACGUCGAGAUUGAAUUUGUCGCAUACGACGGAUAA